AUGAAGACGCUGGCACGGGAAUACGUCUUCUGGAAAAACAUGGGCCAGGACAUUGAGAAUGUGGUGAAACGAUGCGAUCAAUGCCAACGAGCAGGCAAGUUGCCCCGGAAAGUACCCCUGGAGCCGUGGCCGAACGCCGAGAAACCGUGGAAACGGAUUCACGCGGACUACGCCGGUCCCAUGGGAGGCUGGUACUACCUAAUUGUGGUGGACUCAUUUUCAAAGUGGCCCGAAAUAUCGGCCACCAGGAAAAUCACAUCACAGGCAACGAUCGAGAUGUUUGACGACAUCUUUUCCCGCAACGGAUUCCCGGAGGAACUGGUCACAGACAACGGCCUCCAGUUCGCAGCAUCCUCAACAAAAGAGUACUGCGCGCGAAACGGGAUCAAGCAAAUUUUCACUGCGCCAUACAUGCCAAUGUCCAACGGCCAGGCGGAACGCUUCGUGGAUACCUUCAAACGUUCCCUCAAAAAAAUGUCGGAAGAGGAGGGGUCCACGGGUCAGAAGAUCCGCACAAUCCUUAGAACUCUCCAAGAAGCAUCGAAACUCACGAAGAUAAGAGAAAUGGCGAUCCAAUUCAACGAUUUGGCGAAGGUGAUCCACGAAGCCGUCAAGGCUGCUCUACUUCAGACAGCGGACUCUCAGAAGGCCCUCAUCAAAGAUCUGAUAA